UAAUUUGAGAGGCUUGAAUUCAGUUAUAUUUUUUCUUUUUCAAAUGACAAAUUUGGGUCUUAGAAAAUACUAGUUGAAAACAUCACAACUCUAGUUACCGGAGUGAAAUCGGAAAACCAUAGUAGCAGUUGUCUGGAACAAGCGAGCGAACAGGUAGCACGAUACCGAAAUGAAGUUAGCUCCGGUCACAGUGUUUAUGUUCAGAGACUCAGAGGGUUUCGCCUCUGCUAUCUCAGAAUCUCUUCACCCUAACCCUUCUUCCUCCUUCACCCGCCUAGAGGAUUCGUUUGAACUCUCUUUGGAGAGUUAUGGAAUCAAGGACCAUAAAGCAUCAGGGAAUGUUCUUCACUAUGUUGAUAAUCACGGCAUUUACAAGGUGUCAGUUGUGAUUAUGCAGCAUUAUGAUCCGCCAGUACUAGCAUGUGCUCUUAACGAGGUCCUUAAUAAAAUUUUAAAAGGCGAUGAUCCAUCUACCAUGCCUACACUUUUGGUACCUUUUUUGGUGGAAUCAUCCAAAGUUAAAGGGAACAGUAAAUCCCUAAAAUCAGAUGAAAGCAAAGCCUUAACUUAUGGCAUACAGAUUGGUCAAAUUACAGACAUAAUGCAGACCUUACUACAGAAAACCCAGGAACCACCAUCUUCAUUGCGGAUUCAACAUGAAAAUUUUGCAUGUUUUCUUCACUUUGUUCGUGUAAUGAAGUUACCUACCUUUUUUCUAAUUGGACAAACUAGUCAAUAUUCGGACAAUAAAUCUACCAAACAGCAUGAGGCAAUUUGUGAAAUAGGUGAGAUUUUAGCUAGCAGUACAGGUCUGCAGUUUUCAGAAGACAAAGUGAUAUGGAAUCCAAAAAAGACAUCAAAAGAGAUCAAGGAGCCAUGGCGCGAGUUAUAUGGUUGAAUAACAGGUCCCUUACAUGCAAACAAGGAACUAGUCUUUUCAAGGGUCUGAUUCUCACAACCAUGGUCUUUUUAAACUGUUUUCUUUUUAACAUGUUCAUAAGAAUUAUUUAUCUUAUUUUCUUUGUACCUCCCUAAAGUAUCCUAGUCUCUUGUAUUGCGUGCAAUGAACUGAAUGCUGGCAUAGGUUUUGACAGACUAAGACAUUCAUCGCAUACUGAACUGGUUUGAUGCAUUUACAACAGAGCCAUAGUUUUUUAAAAUUGUUUCUGUAAUACAGUAAUAGUUGCACUUCAGUACUAAUGAGAGCUUGAACUUUUUAGUA